AAUUUUGAGCCGCGCCGCCUGCCGUCCGCUGUCACGUGCCGGCCCGCUGAGGCCGCGUUGAUGGGUGGGGGCGACUCUGCUAGGCGCCGGGGCAGGAAGGGAGGCGGCCGCCGUGCCAUUCUUAAAGGGCCCCGAGUGAAGGCGACGGGCUGCUGACGGCCGGAAGGAAAAUGAGUGAGUCUUUGGUGGUUUGUGAUGUUGCUGAAGAUUUAGUGGAAAAGCUGAGAAAAUUUCGUUUUCGCAAAGAAACGAACAAUGCUGCUAUUAUAAUGAAGAUUGACAAGGAUAAACGCCUGGUGGUGCUGGAUGAAGAGCUUGAGGGCAUUUCACCAGAUGAACUUAAAGAUGAACUACCUGAACGACAACCUCGCUUCAUUGUGUAUAGUUAUAAAUAUCAACAUGAUGAUGGAAGAGUUUCAUAUCCUCUGUGCUUUAUUUUCUCCAGUCCUGUUGGAUGUAAGCCUGAACAACAGAUGAUGUAUGCUGGGAGUAAGAAUAAGCUAGUCCAAACAGCUGAACUUACCAAGGUAUUUGAAAUAAGAAAUACUGAAGACCUAACUGAAGAAUGGUUACGCGAGAAACUUGGAUUUUUCCACUAAUGUGAACUUCUGUGUUUCUAAAGUAUUUAUGUAUUAACCUGACCAUACUGGAACCAGACAUAAAUACUUAUUUAUGCCUAAAAAUGCACUGUUACUUACAAGUUUGUUUCCUGCAGUAAAGAAAAAUUGUUCAUUUGUGCAAAGUUUGAACAAAGAAGAAAUCAUCUUCAUAGUAAUGAAACUUUGUAAAGUGUUUCCUUAUAUUUGUAAUUGUUAGGUGGGCUACUUUUCUCCAGGGACUUUUUGCACUCUUGUGACUAAUUUCUAUAACUUAUGGUUCAGAAUUUGUUACUCUUUACAGACACCAUUGGAAAGUGGAUAUUAGAUUGUGAGAGACAACAGUUGCCUCCUUUUGACAAAUACUGGAUAUUAGCAGUUUAUGUAUGAAAAUAGCAUAUUAUCACUUGUCAAAUCAUUGAAAUUAAUUUGGGGUUAAAGACUUGAAUGACCUAGUAUUGAGCCAUGAAUAAUUUACUGUAGUGUAACUUGCACUACAAUUAUAUUUUUCAUCAAUUCUUUAUCAUCUUUGGUUUUUAAUCAAGUCUAGAAACUGUGUUCAUCAAUCACUCAUUCUUAAGGUCUGGGAGUUAGAUUUUAUGGCAGAAUUAUGACUGUUAGGUUUUCUUCUUGUGGAAAAUAGCAUCUUAGUCUUAGAAAUUGGUGGGUGGUAGUAAUCAAGGGCUUCAUUCCUGGUUAUGUCAUUUCUAGAUAAUUUUGAAUCUAGGUUAAUAAUACUUUAUUUAUAAAGCACCUCCCACUGUCCUAUGAACACUAAUUAUUUUAAAUGUGUUAAUACUGUGCCUUUGAUUUAUUAGCUUUAAAGUUAGUUUAAGACUUUUACACUGCCAGUAUUCCAGAUUUGGUGAAAUUAAUACUUUUUUAAAGAGUCCAAGUAAAACAAUUUUCUAAUGUGUAUAUCUGAAAUUUGUAAUAAAAUCAGCUUCAUACUUUAAAAUUCCAACUAUCUGCUUGCAUUGGUGAACAGAUGGCAGUUGAGAGUUAUAACUUGGGGUAUACUUGUGAUUAGUUUUGUGCCAUAGGGAAAAAAUUGUUUAUCUUAAAACAUUGGCCAUAGUUGAUAACAUUAACACAUCGGUAGAAAUCAUAUCUUACAUCCUAAAUAUCAGAAGAUAUUCUAAACUGGACACCUGAGUAGUUAAUUAAAACAGUCUUGUUAGAUGGUGGCAUCUUUGGCAUAAAGCAAGGAUUCUAAUGUUUGGCAUACUUUUAAAAACAUAUAUAAGUAACUACUUAACAUUAAUUUGAUAAUAGGUCUAGAGACUUUAAAAACUAACCAAAUUUGGUGAGUACAUUCUUAUAUUAAGAAUAUCUUAGUCAUUUCAAAACUAGCAAAGGCAUUUUUUUAUGUUGGCAUAUUUUCCAUUCAUAUGUCCGUUGUGUUUUAUUUUUGAGGUUUCUGUGCCAACUUUACUAUAAAGAGGUAAAGAUAGUUGGAAUUUUCACAAUAUUGAAUAGAGCAUCUUCUGUUCCCAACACUGUUUGACUUCACUAAUUUAGAAGUCAGGAAGCAAUAGGAAGUUAGUUGGAGUUGAGGAAGUGCUAGAGUGGGUAUUUGUUUUGGUUAUUAAAAUGGAAAGGAUUCUUUAUUCCAAUUUCCAGAGAGAGAGAAAACUCAUCCAGGAAGUUUAAGAAUUCUUUAAACAGGUAUUUUGAUAAUGGAAAAUAACUUGCUUAUUAAUUCUGUAGAAAUGCAAAUGUAAUCCAAGUGAGUAGAGUGUUUUUAAUGUUUUCGAAUGAAGGAAAUGAGAUUUUGUGUCACCUGGUUUGCAGCAAUAAGAGAAACAAGUGCUGCAUGAAUGUAUUUUUCAAUGAGGUUCCUUAUUUUGUCUUGCAUGUGUAGUUUUGUUUUUUUCUUUUUUUAAUUUGGAAGUCCUCCAUAAUGUCAGAUAAUAUUGACCUAGCAUACACAGCACUCCUUAGUUCUGUUAUCUUAACAGGACCAAAGAGCUGUGAUAAACCAUGCUUUUUGAGCUUGCCUUGACUCCUUAUCAACAAUGUAUAUUUUGCAAGACAACAGAUUGAGGUUAGAAGAUCAGUAGGACAUUUUUACUCCAUCAGUCCUAUAGGAGAUUUACAGAUUCCAUGCUUUAAAGUGUUCUCAAACAUUUAUGUAGAUUUCCCUUUCAUCUAACUAAAUUUUGCAUUAUUCUUUUCAAGUAUAUUUCCUAUUUAGUCUCUUUUCUCUGCCUUCCUUCAAAUAGUAACUCCAGAUUUUAUAAUACCAGUUUUUACAUUCCAUAUCUUUCUGGUACAACCAUUCCCAUUCAGCCUUAAAUCUUAAUCUUUCCUUUUUGGCAGCAUCUUUUUUCCUGGGACCCUCCUUCAUGGUCUUCUAAGCCAGCAUUAAGUUUUGAAAUUGUUGGCCUGUGUAAGUUCUGCAUAGCAUCUAAUGUCAAAAUAGAACCAACUAGUAAUCACAGUAUUAUUUAGUAUGGGUUUUGUGGCAACAUAAAUGACAUGAAGAAAACUGUUCUCAGGUUACUAUGCUGAAAGUCCAAAAUGUCUGAGUUUUGAAUAGUAAUCACUUUGUUCUGGUAUUGAAGCAAUUAUGUUAGGAAAAAAGUUGGUUGAUUGUUUUUGUUUGACUUCUAAAAUAAAUGUUAAAAUCGUCUAUUUCUAAAAAGUUUACUAAAUGCCUAGUGCAGUUAAACAUACUCUUGUUUAAGAGGGUGUUGCUAAAUUUUUUAUUGUCAUUAUUAAAUAAUCUUUGUGGCAAAAUAUCUGUCAGCACUUUUUCCUGCCCUUUUUAUCUCCUAUUUUCAGGAGUCAAACGUAGCCAUAAACUGUAUCCUUGUCUGACACUUUAACUACGUUUCCGGUUAGGGGAGUUUAUUGCCAAAUUUAAUUUGGCUGUUUCCCCCCACCCAUAUAAAUAUUAAGGAAGAUAUACUUAAAAAGUGUCUGGACUACUUGUAAAACCCCAGCGAUGUCACUAAUUCGUAUAUGGACUAGUGACGAAUAGAUAUUUUCAUAAGAGUUUAAAUGCUGAUAUUUGGUGGAAGUAGAGAGUAACUUGUAUUCUAUCAAUUCAAGUAUUCUUAGUAUGAUUGCUUUCCCUAAUUGUUCAUUAGACUGAUAAUACUGGAAUCUACAGAGUUUGAGCCUUUACAACUUAUGUGAGGAUGUGUUUCAAACAUUUCUGGACAAAUCUUUUGUAUUUCUGGAAGAAUGUAAUAAGUAAUCUUCUAGGCCACUUAAAACUAAUGGUUGCGAAUUGAAUAUUGAGAAAUUUGUUUUCCUAUUAUGCCAUUUGACAUUUCAAAUCAAUAAUCAUGUUCUUGUAAUGUUUAAAACAACUACAUUAAGCUUGUGAUAGAAACUGUAUUUUAUUGCUUUUUGGAAUAUAAUUCAUACACAUAUAAUUACUUGAAUAUUGUUUGAGAUCACUAACAUGUCAGGGCAGUUUCCACUGAUUUAGAUGGUCCAAUAUAAUCUCAUUCAGGAGGCUUGAAACAUUAAUGAUUUAGUCUUGUGAAUUUUAACAGUUCUCUGUCAUCGUUUAACAAAAGCAACAACUGGCACAACUUCUUAAGCUGUGGUUUCAGUCUCUGCUAGUUCAUAUUGCAUGUUUAUUUUGGACAGUCUUUUGUUAAGCAUGGUGCUUGUACUGGUUUAAAUAAAAUGUUAACAUGAAA